GUCUCUAUACUUCACACGGAAACAAAGAUCGCGGGCUCGCCACUGUUACCACCAACAAAACUCCCGCGUUUUACAAGGCAGCAAACCUUGUGCAAUUCCCUUAAAAAAAACCUCUGAAUCUAAUCAAAACCCCAAUUUCCAGUGUCCCCAGAAAUGGCAAAACGGAAUCUUUCAGACUCAGAAACAGAAGAGAGAAACUCAGGCUCAAGCUCGGACUCAGGGGACUCCCCGGUGGAAAUGGAACCCCAAAGUACCGGGAAAAUCACAGAGUAUGAGAAACAAAGAAUGAAGAGAAUUCAAGAAAACAAAGCAAGAAUGGAGGCAAUGGGUCUCCACAAUAUGGCCACCUCUUUGAUGGGGUUUUCCCAAAAACCCCAGAAAAAAGGCAAGGACAAAAAGGGAAAAAAGAAAGUGGUUGAUGAAGAUGAAGAUUAUGAGCCAGCUCAAAGUGAGGACCUUUUAAGUGCUUCAGGCGAAGAAGAUGAACAACAUGAUGUGGAUUAUGAAGUUUCAAAGUCCCAAUUGAAAAAGUCAAAGAAAAAAACUCAAACUCCUAAGAAGAGAGUUUCUAACACAACGGUACCAACUGACACGGAUUUUGUGGACGACGAUGACGCCUUAAUGCAGGCUAUUGCCUUGUCACUACAAGAUUCUUCAGGUUUCUUGAAUCUUGCAAAUGAAGUACCUAGGCAAGUCACUGAUGCAGAUUCCGCGCAUAAGGCCAGCAAUGAAAAAGCUUCUUCCAAAAAGGCCAGUAACAAAAAAGAAGUAGGUUCCUGCAAUCAGGGAGAUACUACUUGGAAGAGGAAGAGAAAACAACAGCAGACAAGAAAUCGAGUGCAGAUGACUGAGGAUGACUUGAUUAUGCAUUUCUUUCAGUUCGAUGAAGCUGGAAAAGAGAGUAUAAGUCUCAGAGAUUUACGGAGGGUGGCAACUUCCCAUGAUUUUACAUGGUCAGAUGAGGAGCUGGCAAAGAUGAUACAUUGCUUUGAUUCCAAUGGAGAUGGAAAGUUGAGCCUGGAUGAUUUUCGCAAGAUUGUGGUCAAAUGCAAUAUGAUAAAAGGUUCUGAAGAUGCUGCUUGAUGAUGUAUUCAAAGAGUACUCGAAUCUUACUAAAGAAAUAGAGGACUUUAAGUGCUAUUGGACGUGACUGGCUUAGACUUUACGCCACUACACUAUCUACCCUUUGUUAGGGGGGAAAUUUUAUAGCUAAAAAGUUGACAACUAGAAACAAAAAAAAGGUUCUCAGUAUCUCAGCGCAAGAUAAACUGACAAUUGCAACGGGUUUCAAAUGAUGGCUUUCAAGUAAUAGAAUGAUUUUUGCUUAUAAUGGAAAGGAAAGAAGGGUUAUUUUAACCUUAGAUAUUAGUACAAUCAAUAGUAUCUUCUCUUUUUGCUUUCAUUCUGAACUCUUCCAGCCAACAUGUUGUAAGUUCUUCAAGAAGAUGGCGAUUGAAUGUUGGAACGCAAUGACCUCACAUUAACUAUCUGGUUUAUCCUCCAUUAACUUUAACCAGUUAUUGUUGCUUUAAGAGAGGAACUUUGCUCAUUCUUGUAUAUGCAUUACUGUGUUAACAUAUCAAAGCCCUUUCAAAUUUGA